UCUGAGCCGAGUUCUCGUAGUGCAGACACCUCCAAAAAUCCGAGCUCCCACUCAAAAAAGCACAUCCUUCCAGCGCCAUGUUUGCCCAGACUCUGUUCGUUUUGGGACUGAUCCUGUCGGUGGUCGUUGCCAUUCCCAUUGAUCCCUAUGGACUCUCGGCUCCGGCCAUCUCGUAUGCGUCACCCAAGCUACUGGCUGCCCCGGCCAUUUCCUACGCUGCACCCAAGCUGCUGGCUGCUCCCGCCAUCUCGUAUGCCGCCCCCAAACUCCUGGCCGCGCCCACCAUCGUCCAGCACGCUGCUCCCGCUCUGAUUGCCGCUCCGGCUCCAGUGGCCGUGGCCAAGGUGGCCGUCGCCGAGCCGUACGAUCCCAAUCCUCAGUACAGCUUCUCGUACGGAGUGACUGACCACCACACCGGCGACUCCAAGCAGCAGGAGGAGACCCUGGUGAACGGCGUCGUCCACGGCAGCUACUCCCUGGCCGAGCCCGAUGGCACCAUCCGCAAGGUGACCUACACCGCUGACAAGAUCAACGGAUUCAACGCCGUCGUCGAGAAGAAGGGCGUGGCCGCCGUGGCCAUUGCCAAGCCCGCCCUGGCAGUCGCCGCCGUUCCUGCCAUCACCAAGAUCGGUUACGCCUCGGCGCCGGGCCUCAGCCUGGGUGGAUACCACUAAGUGGCUUUCCUCCUCCAGGACACACCCAUCGUCGAUGACAAACUCUCCGGCCUAGUUCUAGGACCUGUUGUUAAAUAGUUCUAAUGCAUCAUCACCAUACCCGAGUAACCCCAAUCUUCUCAAGCUCAAACCCGAAACACAAGGACGUGCGUGCUGUUGCCCCUCGCUGUUGACCCACAUCCCUAGUCCUUAUGCUGGUCCGAUGAUGGAACCACCACAGAUUACGUUUAGGGAUACCGUUCUGGG